ACUCCCGAGCUGCCCUGCGCGGGGCUCUCGCAGGGUUUGUUGCGGGAGGAGGGCAUGGGGCCUUGUUGUUGGGGUCAGUGAUGGCGGCUGCGGCAGUGGUCGCUCCCCAGGCUGAGGCCUCGGAGUCCUGGUACUUAGCCCUGCUGGGUUUCGCCGAACACUUCCGAACCUCCAGCCCGCCCAAGAUCCGCCUGUGUGUGCACUGCCUGCAGGCCGUCUUCCAGUUCAAGCCGCCGCAGCGCAUCGAGGCCCGGACUCACCUGCAGCUGGGCUCGGUGCUGUACCACCACACCAAGAACAGCGAGCUGGCCCGGCAGCACCUCGAGAAGGCGUGGUUCAUAUCACAACAAAUCCCACAGUUUGAAGAUGUGAAAUUUGAAGCAGCAAGUCUUUUGUCAGAGUUAUAUUGUCAAGAAAACUCUGUGGAUGCUGCUAAACCUCUUCUUCGUAAAGCUAUUCAGAUCUCCCAGCAGACCCCUUACUGGCAUUGCAGGCUUCUCUUCCAACUUGCUCAACUACACACACUUGAGAAAGAUUUGGUGUCAGCCUGUGACCUGUUAGGAGUCGGGGCUGAGUAUGCACGUGUUGUGGGCUCAGAAUACACCAGGGCAUUGUUCCUGCUCAGUAAAGGAAUGCUUUUAUUGAUGGAGCGGAAGCUGCAAGAAGUACACCCUCUUCUCACACUUUGUGGGCAAAUCGUGGAGAACUGGCAAGGCAAUCCCAUUCAGAAAGAGUCAUUACGAGUCUUCUUCCUGGUUCUUCAAGUGACACAUUACUUGGAUGCCGGGCAGGUAAAAAGUGUGAAGCCAUGCCUUAAACAGCUGCAGCAGUGCAUCCAGACUAUUUCAACUCUCCAUGAUGAUGAGAUUCUGCCUAGCAAUCCAGCCGACCUCUUUCACUGGCUACCCAAAGAGCACAUGUGUGUUCUUGUUUACUUGGUAACAGUCAUGCAUUCCAUGCAGGCAGGCUAUCUGGAGAAGGCCCAGAAAUACACAGACAAGGCUUUAAUGCAGUUAGAGAAACUAAAGAUGCUGGACAGCAGCCCGAUACUGUCGUCCUUCCAAGUCAUCUUACUGGAACACAUAAUUAUGUGUCGUCUGGUCACAGGACACAAAGCCACAGCAUUACAAGAGAUAUCCCAAGUCUGUCAGUUGUGUCAACAAUCCCCAAGGCUGUUUUCUAACCACGCUGCCCAACUGCACACAUUACUGGGUUUAUAUUGCAUCUCUGUGAAUUGUAUGGAUAAUGCAGAGGCCCAGUUCACAACAGCUCUGAGGCUCACCACGCACCAAGAACUAUGGACUUUUAUAGUGACAAACUUGGCUAGUGUUUACAUUCGGGAGGGGAACAGACAUCAAGAUCUUUACAGUUUACUGGAAAGAAUUAACCCAGACCACAAUUUCCCAGUAAGCUCCCACUGCCUGCGUGCAGCUGCAUUUUACAUCCGUGGACUCUUCUCCUUCUUCCAAGGCAGAUACAAUGAAGCAAAGCGUUUUUUGCGUGAAACCUUAAAGAUGUCUAAUGCUGAAGAUCUGAACCGAUUGACGGCUUGCUCCCUGGUGCUCCUGGGUCAUAUCUUCUAUGUACUGGGGAAUCACAGGGAGAGUAACAAUAUGGUUGUCCCAGCCAUGCAACUGGCCAGCAAGAUUCCAGACAUGUCCGUGCAGCUAUGGUCCUCUGCUCUGCUACGAGAUUUAAACAAAGCCUGUGGGAACACAAUGGAUGCCCAUGAGGCAGCCCAGAUGCAUCAAAACUUCUCCCAGCAGCUGCUCCAGGAUCACAUUGAGGCCUGCAGUCUUCCUGAACACAAUCUUAUAACGUGGACGGAUGGUUCUCCCCCUGUACAGUUUCAAGCUCAAAAUGGACCUACUACCAGCCUAGCCAGCCUUUUGUAAAAUCUUUGCUAAAAUAUUGAAGGACUGAUCCAGCAUUCAACUAGUAGCACCCUUUUCAUCCCAGAGGUCCAUAAUCGCGAAAGAACUCCAUGUAUUUUUAUAACUUGCCAUACCACAAUUUAGUUGACACCAGACUCUGAGCGUGUGGUCAGGAUACCCCAUCUCAAAACUGCAGCUACACAAUGGAUGGGAAUGACUUUCCAAAUGUGUGCUCUAAAGACUCUGAAUUCUGGAGACAGAGCUACUAAAAUUCUGACACCCUCCGACAGUUCCACCUCCAAACUCACAGUGUACUGAAAGAAUUUGUACCUCCACUACUUUUAUGGAAAAAGAAAUUGGAAGAAUAUACCACAACAACGUAUCACAGCGGAUUUAAUACCUGCCUUUCACAUUUUGUCUCCCCUCCCUAAUAGAAUUGAGAGAAGGGCAUUUUUUUAGAUUUUAUAUCCAUAAAUAUAAAUAUAUAUAUAUAAAAUACUUAAAUUUUAUCAACAUUUAGACUUUAACAUGCACACAUACGGUUUUAUGAUAUUGCUCCCCCUCUCCUCCCUUCUCCAGUGUGGAUUAUAUUGUAAUAUUUGCAAGGAGAUCAGUCAUUUUUUUGACAUUUGGAUAUAGUUUUGUAGUUUGGAGAAAUGCCUCUUCAGACUUAAGUCGUUAUAUGCUGAAGCAUCACUUGGGCCCCUUUGCUGCCACAGCACAAGCUGUCGGCUGCCAAAGGGGUUAAUUUAUCCCUCAUGUGUAGGGAUACUUUAAUAGCUUAAAUAAAAUGAUUACGGUCUGUUUUUUUUUUUUUUUUUUUUAAAUUAUUAGGAAAUAUUUUUUAAAACCUUUUCUAUUUAUCUUGAUAAAGAAAAAAAAACUGUACCUAUUGUAACCUGAAUAAUUUUUAAAGCAAUUUUGGAAGCCCUAAUCUGUUCCCUAACCUGUUCAUUUUCACGCUUCAAAUUUUCUGUGAACUUCUUAGCUGCAGUUCUCUUUUAGUUCUCCAUUGAAAUGCACCUAAAAUAUGCCCCCUGACUCAUUGGAACUCAUUACUUUGGUUAUGUGUUUUCACCGUGGUCUCAGUCGAAGUAUGAAAGGUUAUGCAGUUAUAUUUUCAGAUUUCAUCUUUGUCGUCCAUAACCAGUUUUUUUUUUUUUUUUUUAUAAGUUAGUGUUUGUAUUAUCUCUUCUCUUUGAGUGUGUUCAUGGAAAAGGUAGGGUGUAUUCCCUAAGCUGGGAAUUUAACUAGGGCAUUGCAAAUUUUGGGCUUAAUUUUAGAACAAUAAAACUUCUUGUAAACAUUGUAGAGCAUUUCUAAUUGAGUUUGCAGCGAAUCAUAAUUAAUGCUGGGAUAUAUUGGAAUGGGGUUUUUUAAACCCAGUAUUUAUUGCACGUGCUUUGUAGAUGUGCAAACACAGACCAGUAUGCAAACCUACUGGUCAUAUUUUCUUUAAUUUAUUUGCUGGCAAGUUUAAUAGCUUGGUGUAUAUUCAUUAUUAUAUAUUUUUUUUUAUUUCUUACCGAAAGAAAAUCAUGUCAUGCAAACAAUAUACAUGACCGGUCCAUAUUAAAAGAAAGAAGGCAAAAUCCUGCCUCUUCUCCUUUUUAAGGCUUGCACAGUAUAAAAUAUGCAGCCAAAUCAGAGAGCCCAGACUAAUAUCGCUUAGGAACAAAGUUCUGCUUGUGGCAUUGCACGAGCAUGCUCUGUAUCCUCUAAGCACAGCCUUUUCCAGAGAUGGAUUUUCCUAGCUAAAACAAGAGACAGGAAAGUAGCAUUUGUAAAUGUUCCCUGAAGAAAGAUUGCACUGGAGAAUUGUUUUGCAGGGGCUUCAAACUUCCCUUUCUAGUACGUUGCCAGACGUCACUCUGGGCCUAUGGGUUUGCCACCUAAUGCUGGGGUUUAGGAUGGGACAUCUGUCUUGCAAUGUUGUGUAUAACAAUCCACUCAUAGUCCAGCAUGUAAACAGAAUAUGUACAUAUUUUCACAGUACUACUAGCUCAUUCUAGGUAGUUCCACCAAUUCUAGUGUGAGAAGAACCAGCCACCUAUGUCCGUGCCUUUCCUAAUCCUUGUGAAAUUUACAGUUAUUAAUGACAUUUCCAUGUAGAACUGAUGAUCCUGUUUUCCAUUAUAUAUGUCACUGGUUUAACCUAGUAAAUUGGAUUGGUCACUUUGCCACAUGUUGGCAGAGAGCAAUCCACCAUACUAAACUGCUAUACGUCUAUUACUAAUUGUAAAUGGUCUGCCACCAUGUGCUGAAUGACAGAGAAGCCAACAUUGUCCAAGGAUCCCAGAAGUAGUGUCUGUAUUGGCUCUAUCUGUGUAACUCCACUAUAAAUGGUUGAACUUGUAUCCAGUUAAAUUAGGCAACGUCAUUUGCAAUAUCUAUGAAACUAACAAGCAUCUUGCCACAUUAUUUACUGAAUAAAAUACUAGAUUUUAACCUGGCUUUACAAUAUUGGUUAUAAUCCAUUUUAUGUGUUUUAUAAGCAGGCUGGAGUCCUAUAUGACACUAGAAUUAAAACUACACUUCUAACCAAAGUGAUAUUCCACUAAUGAAAUAAAAUAAAUAGAACUUUUUUUUAUGACGCAACAUACCAUAAAUGACCAAAAUCCUAAAAACAGAAAACUUGUAAAUUUUGGAGCUCUGUCAGAAGACAAAUGCAUAUGUUGACUUUAAACUUAUUCCAAUGAGGGCAAAUGUGUAUAUUACCAUUCUUUUGACAGGGGUAAUAUGUGUUUUUUUUUUUUUUUUUAUCUCCAGGACUGGACAGAAUCUAUGAUCCAAGUAUUGGGAGCCCAUAAAAUUGUGCUGCACUUGCUGAACUUUUAGAUUUAUUCAUUAAUGUGAGAAUUGUCAGGAAUUCAAAGUGAAUUUCAAUAUUAAGGCCUACAAACUGAAAACAUACCUGACUUGGAAAUUUUUCCAGUUUUCAGGUCCUAUUUUGACCUUAAAUUUUAAUUUCCCAACAAUUUCCACUUUAGUGAAUAAACCUGUAUGUGAUUUAUAUUAAUCACAAUUCCUUGUUCCUAAAACAUGUUGUUGAAAUGGCUCCUAAUAUAAUCUGUCUGACUCCGAAGCAGAACAUACAUUUCACCAGUCCUUUCUGUUCUGCGUGUGUUCCUGUCUGUAUAUGCAAACGCAUUUGUUUCAUUUAACAUAAUAUAAAUAUUUUAAAAAGUAAUGCAUCUAAAGUGUAUCAAAAGUACGUACAGUCUUGGCUGCAAGAUAUCGUUUUCUAAUAAAUUGUCUCACAGAAUGUUUAGAUCUGGCUGGUGCAACCUCAAGGAUAUGGUGUUUUUAAUUAUCAAAUUUUCCCCUACAAGAGAAACUUGAAACCAAUACCUAUUUAUGUUUUUACUAUUACAGCAGGAUGAUGCUAUUACUGAUAAACUAUUUGUAC